CUCUCUCUCUCUCUCUCUCUCUCUCUCCCUCUCCCCAGUCCUUCCCUCCCUGUCUACCUGUUCUCUCAUAUUAAAAACUCUUCAGCCAGGCCAACAAGAGUCUCAGUAUAUAAACCAUCCAGUCCAUGCUUUCUCAUGGCCAGUACAAAGACAGAGACUCAACCAAAUCAAUAUCUUUACCAAAUGGGUUAUCUGUUAAAUCUUCUGGGGUUGUGUUUAUUGCUUUUCUUGGCUGGCCAUGGCUCAAAAACUGCGGUCUCGGAAACAACCGGGGGGGCUGUGACUGAAGGCACAGUUUACAUAAAUGGGACAGCCUCAAUUGGUAGGAUUUAUGAAGACUUCAUUUGUGCUACAUUGGAUUGGUGGCCUCCAGACAAAUGUGACUAUGGAACUUGCAGCUGGGGCAUGGCUUCACUUCUUAAUCUGGAUCUUGGGAACAAAAUUUUGUUAAAUGCAAUCAAAGCUUUCUCUCCCCUAAAAAUUAGACUUGGUGGCACUUUGCAAGACAAAGUCACAUACCAAAGCAUAGGCAAUGCACAACCAUGUACUCAGUUUGUUAGAAACAAUGCAGAGAUGUUCGGGUUCACGGAAGGUUGCUUACCGAUGUCCCGAUGGGACGACCUAAACGGAUUCUUCAAAAUGGCAGGAGCAAAGGUAAUUUUCGGGUUCAAUGCAUUAACCGGCAGAACAAUAGGUUCUGAUGGUUCUGCUGUAGGAGCAUGGAAUUCCAGUAAUGCAGAGUGUCUGAUCAGAUACAGUGUCAACAAGGGUUAUACAAUCCAUGGCUGGGAGCUUGGGAAUGAACUGAGUGGGAGUGGAAUUGGAACAAGCAUUUCAGCGGCUCAAUAUGCUUCAGAUGUGAUUGGUCUUCAAAACAAAGUGCAAGACAUCUACAGGGGAUUUGAGAUUAAGCCCCUGGUCCUUGGACCAGGAGGAUUCUUUGAUGCUAAUUGGUUCCAACAAUUCGUAAAGCAAACAAACAACUCUCUUCAAGCCAUCACACACCACAUUUAUAACCUUGGUCCAGGAGUUGAUGAUCACCUAAUUGACAAGAUACUUGACCCAUCCUAUCUGGAUGGUGGAUCUCAGCCUUUCAGCAAUCUCCAAAGCAUUCUUAAGAGUUUGGGAACUUCAACAACAGCAUGGGUUGGUGAGGCUGGAGGAGCUUAUAACAGUGGACAUAACCUUGUCACUAAUGCAUUUGUGUUUAGCUUUUGGUACUUGGAUCAACUUGGGAUGGCAUCAUCCUAUGAUACCAAAACAUACUGUAGGCAAUCACUGAUUGGUGGAAACUAUGGCCUACUAAACACUGACACCUUUGUUCCGAAUCCUGAUUACUACAGUGCUCUUCUUUGGCACCGUUUGAUGGGAAGAAAUGUUCUGCCAACAAGCUUCUCAGGGACAAAGAAAUUGCGUGCAUAUUCACACUGUUCAAAACAAUCGGGAAUCACAUUGCUCUUGAUCAACCUAGACGGCAACACCACAGUUCAAAUCGGAGUUUCAGUCGAAAAUGCAAUCACAAACAAGACAUCAACACUCCAACUCACACAUGAAACUGGGAGAUCAAAAUUUGCAAGGAUGCCUCGGAAUUCUAGAAUUGGUGGGAUUAUGAGAGAAGAAUACCACCUAACAGCCCAAAAUGGGGAUUUACACAGCCAAACAGUUCUCCUAAAUGGAAAAAUACUAACUGUAAAUUCUUCUGGGAUAAUCCCUCCCUUGGAACCCAUAGAAAAAAAUCUCUCAGACCCAAUAACAGCUGCCCCAUUCUCUAUUGUAUUUGCUCACAUUCCCACCAUUCAAGUCCCUGCUUGUACGUAGGGUUGACCAAAUUAUGUAAAUCCUGUCCGCUAAUUUGAACUAAAAAGAUGCGAAUAUCAAAUGUGAUGCUUUUAUAUCACUUCAAAGAAGAAGAAGUUAUGCAAUAAAGUGAAAAAAAAAUGGGAUUAUGGUACAUGCAUGCAAAGAGCUACUCAAACAAAGGUACUUGCAGCUUGGUCCAUCUUCAAAACCACAUAGACACCAAAAAAAUAUAGUUAAUGAUGAUUUACAAAAUUGCUAGUGUGUAGUUCUGUAGAAAAAAAUGGGGUAGAACCAUCUGACAUCUGCCUGGGCGUCACACCACAUGAAAAGAAUGAAAAAGAAAAUAGGGGGUAGACGAGGUCGAGAAAAAAUUACAUAGGUUAUGAUAGUCACAGGAAGCUGGGACUCGUCAACAGGUAUUUUUUGAUUUCAUUUUUGAGGCUGGGAUUGUGAAGAGUCUGAAAGAAGUAAGACAGAACUAAUCAAAGAGAAAAACAUACAGGGUAAAGCAACUGAUAUUUGCACUGCUUUCUCAUGUUUCAUGAACAGGAGCCUAACCAAGUUACUACAGCUGCUACUAGAUUAUAAAAAAUACUGAUAACUGCUUGUGAGAAAUUUUGAACA